AUGCAUUUACGCGAACGUUAUAAUUUUGAAUUGCAGACAAUUGAAAGACUUCGAGAAGAAGCCAUUCAAAAUAAUUUAGAACCUCUGCCCUUACAGAUGCCCACUAUUACAUUAGAACUAUUAAGUGUUCGAGGAAUGAACAGGCGGCAAUAUGAUUUGCCUAGGGUUGAAGAGGUAGCAGCUGUCUACAAUUUAUUACCAGAUACGCCAGCAACUCCCAAUAUGCGUAUUUAUAUAAGGGACGAACCCACUAGAUUUCAAAAUGUAUCGGAGGAAAGUGAACUUAAUGAUCCUUUGGUAUUUCCUAUACUAUUUCCUCAUGGAGAACCUGGCUGGUAUAUAGGAAUGCCCCAUAGAAAUGGUAACCGCAAUAUAACAUUAUGCGAGUAUUAUGCCUAUCGUUUUGGAAUUAGGAAUAACGAUCACAGGUUUAAAUAUGGAGGCAAACUAACCCAGCAAUUCACCGUCGCCGCAUAUAUCAAAAUUGAAAAUAACCGCCUUAAAUUCAUAUUACGUAACCAAGAAAGGUUAAGAGCGACGGAAUAUGUUGGAUUGGCGGAUUAUCUUCAUCGUAGAGUUGAAGAAGACAAUGAGAAUGAUGAAGCUGCAACAUUGGGUAGAAUGGUAAUUUUGCCAUCCACAUUUGUAGGUUCACCCCGUCAUCAGCAGCAACUGUUUCAAGAUGCAAUGGCAGUAGUGGGUCGUUUUGGCAUACCCAGCAUUUUUAUUACUAUGACGACAAAUACCCACUGGAGAGAGAUAGUAGAUAAUAUUCCUGCAGGUCACACAGCGAAUGACCAUCCAUCUCUCAUGGAUAGAGUAUUCCAGUGUAAAGUAAAUGAAAUCAUAGAUGACAUGCUUAAAGAUCAAAUUUUUGGAAUACCUCUAGCUAACCUUUACGUUAUAGAAUUCCAAAAAAGAGGUUUACCCCAUUGCCAUAAUUUACUCAUUUUAAGGAACGAAGACAAGUUAUCAAAUCCUUACAGAAUAGACGCGCUCAUUAGCGCAGAAAUACCAGAUCCGCAAGUUGAACCAGACUUAUAUGAAAUAGUCACCUCCUUCAUGGUACAUGGUCCUUGCGGAGAAUUAAACCCACAAUCAGUCUGUAUGGUGGACGGUCAAUGUUCCAAAAAAUAUCCUAAAGAUUUUAGUGAACUUACAGUAAUAUCUGAUAAUGGUCAAGUCCUCUAUAAAAGACCAAAUAACGAUGCUCCGGCGCUUUGGGAUGAAUUCCGAAAUUAUUUCAUGGAAGAUUUCAGGCGCCACGGUCUUUCCGAGGAACAAGCUCUGCAACAAACACUCAAAUGUAUUCAAACCACACUGCUGCUAAACGGCACUAGGUUGGCAUUGUACGGUUUACCAGAACCUGCAGAAAUCGUAUUACAAUUUGAUCCCAUAAAUAUAGAAGCCGAGAGAGUACAAG